AUGGCGACCCCAGCAGCGAAACCGAAGGCGAAGCUCGACGUCGACGUCACAAAGCCGACACCGUACACCUUUGACCUCGGCCUCCUCCUAGCCAACGACCCCAACCCCCUCACGACCUCGACCCCGUCCGCCGGCAGCACGCCCAGCACGACCAGCAUGACCUCCUCCUCAGCUCUCGAAGCGCAACUAGCCGCCACAGCCCGCGACGGCGCACAAGCCCUAAUAGCGCAAUUCUUCCGCUCAUGCCCCCUAACAUCCACCCCAUCAGGCGCGCUCUUCACCCUUCCCCCGAUCUCGACCCCGCUGCCGCGCGAGAAGCCGCUCCCCGAAACCAAACAACCAACAACGUGGGAGAAGUUCGCGGCGCGGCGGGGCAUCAAGCCCAAGACGCGCGAGCAGCGGCGCGCCAAGGGCACGCAGUACAACGAGGCGACGGGCGCGUGGGAGCGCACGUGGGGGUACGACAAGGGCGGCGCCGCCAAGCGCCGCGAGGAGGGCCACGUGCAGCAGGACUGGCUGGUUGAGGUCGACGACAAGGGCGACAAGACCGCCGGCGAGGUGCGCGAGAAGAACCGGAGCGGCGGCAGGAGCGGCGUCAAGAAGAGCGUCGGCACCAGUGGGAAGAAGCGAAGAACGGCGUGA